AUGUCGCAGGAACUGCCGUACAAGUUAGAUGGAUCCGGUCGACUCCAUGGACGAGUUGCAGUGGUAACCGGAUCGUCAUCCGGCAUGGGUCGAGCAAUCGCACUCGCAAUUGGGCGAGAAGGCGCACACGUCGUUUGUUCAGACUUGAAGGCCGAAGCGGCACAGCAUGGCUUCGAGCAUGACCGGGCCAUACCAACACACACCGUCAUCGCCAACAAUGGGGGGAAAUCAGCCUUCCAAAAGUGUGAUAUGGGGAAGACGGAAGAAAUCUGGUCUUUGAUUGACUUUGCGGUCAAGGAAUUCGGCAAAUUGGACAUCCUCGUAAAUAAUGCGGGACUAUGGUUACCGCUCCGUGACUUCGUCGAAGAGACCGAUGAGAUGUGGGACGCUAUGAUGGGGAUAAACGGAAAAGGAUGUGCCACAUCCAUGCGCCAAGCCAUCAAGCAGUUUCUUCGCCAGCCCGUGGAUCCCAAGUCUGGAUGUCGAGGUCGCAUUGUAAACAUCUCCUCAAGUGCGGGAAUCGUCGCCAUCCGACGAGAAGCAACGUAUGCAGCAAGCAAGGCAGCUGUGUCUAUGCUUACCAAAAAUGUCGCAUUGGAUCAUGCUAAGGACGCCAUCAACGUGAAUGCAGUCUGUCCUGGAGUCGUCCGGACAGCAAUGUCAAGUACGAACUUCAACGAUCCUUUAAUUAUCGCAGAAAUGAAAAAGGGAACUCCAUGGCCUAGGCUUGGAGAGCCAAACGACAUUGCGAAUGUCGUGGUCUUCCUGCUUACAGAUGAAGCACAGUGGGUGACUGGUCAGAAUAUUGCGGUUGAUGGAGGCUUCACCGUAGGCAUACCAUUAUAA